AGCUCUCCCAGGCGUCCGGCUGCCGUGGCUAGCGUAGAUAGUUUAGUGAAGAUGGCGGAUUGUAGACGUGUGCGGCUUCUUGCACUGCUCCUUUCCCUGUCCUCUUGCAUGUACUUUACUCAGGGACUUAAAGCACCGAGCAACUCCAACGACAAUUUACCAGAUAAUGCCGACGCUCUUAGGAAUCAAGGAGGCCCGCUGCAAGAAGGAAAGCUUGCGGCAGUGGCCGGGGCCUCGUCGCCUCGUCGCGGCAGCGGGUGGAAGCUUGCGGAAGAGGAGGCCUGUCGGGAGGACUUAGCCAGACUUUGUCCCAAGCAUUCGUGGAAUAACAACCUGGCCGUGCUGGAAUGUCUGCAGGAUCGUAAAGAGGAGACUGAGAUUGCAUCCGACUGCAACCAUCUCCUGUGGAACUAUAAGCUGAACCUGACAACAGACCCAAAGUUUGAGUCAGUGGCUGUCGAGGUGUGCAAGAGUACAAUUACUGAGAUUAAAGAGUGUGCAGCAGAAGAGCGGGGGAAGGGCUACCUGAUGUCAUGCUUAGUGGACCACCGCAUAAACAUUACUGAGUACCAGUGCAACCAGUACAUCACAAAGAUGGCCACCAUCGUCUUCAGCGACUACCGCCUCAUCUGUGGCUUCAUGGACAAGUGCAAGGAUGACAUCAAUGCACUGCACUGUGGGAGCAUCAACACUGGCGAGAAGGAUGUGCACUCUCAAGGAGAGGUGAUAGCGUGUCUAGAGAAAGGGCUUGUGAGUGAGGCGGAAGACCAGGCUGGCCAUUACGUGAUUAAAGACGACUGCAAGAAGGCCAUCAUGCGUGUGGCCGAGCUCUCCUCAGACGACUUCCACCUCGACAGACACCUCUUCUUCGCCUGCCGCGAUGACCGCGAGCGCUUCUGUGAAAAUACUCCAGCGGGAGAGGGGCGAGUCUACAAAUGUCUCUUUAACCACAAGUUUGAGGAGAGUAUGUCUGGAAAGUGCAGGGAGGCGCUCUCCACCAGGCAGAAGCUAAUAGUGCAGGACUAUAAGGUCAGCUACUCACUAGCCAAGGCUUGCAAACAGGACCUGCGCAAAUACCGCUGCAAUGUAGACACCACUCUGCCCCGAGGGAGAGAGGCCAAGCUCUCCUACCUGCUGCUGUGCCUGGAGUCAGCCGUCCACAGAGGGCGUUCGGUGAGUGGCGAGUGUCAGGGGGAGAUGCUGGACUACAGACGCAUGCUGAUGGAGGAUUACUCGCUAAGCCCCGAGAUCGUGUUGCACUGCCGCGGCGAGAUCGACACGCACUGCUCCGGCCUGCACCACAAAGGCCGAACCCUCCACUGUCUCAUGAGAGUUUCCCGGGACAAGGGCAUCAUGGACAACCUCUGCCAGAAAGCUCUUCAGACCUUGAUCCAGGAGACAGACCCUGGGGCAGAUUAUCGGAUCGACCGGGCACUUAACGAGGCGUGUGAGUCAGUCAUCCAGACUGCCUGUAAACAUAUCCGCAAUGGAGACCCCAUGAUUCUCUCUUGUCUGAUGGAGCAUCUCUACACCGAUAAGAUGGUGGAAGACUGUGAGCACCGGCUGCUGGAGCUGCAGUACUUUAUCUCCAGAGACUGGAAGCUGGACCCAAUCCUAUACAGGAAGUGCCAGAAUGAUGCUGCACGUAUCUGCCAUACUCACGGCUGGAAUGAGACCAGUGAGUUCAUGCCCCCUGGAGCUGUCUUCUCCUGCCUGUAUCGCCACGCAUACCGCACCGAGGAGCAGGGUCGCCGGGACUCCUCCGAACAGCAGAGCGAUGCUGCUUUAUCUCGAGACUGCAAGACAGAAGUACAGCGUAUCCUCCACCAGAGAGCCCUGGAUGUGAAGCUGGACCCAGACCUGCAAAGGCGCUGCAUGACUGACCUGGGCAAGUGGUGCAGUGAGAAAACAGAACCUGGCCAGGAGCUGGAGUGUCUGCAGGACCAUCUGGAGGAUCUGGGCUCAGACUGCAGGGAUGUGGUGGGUAAUCUCACCGAGCUAGAGUCUGAGGACAUUCAGAUUGAAGCCCUGCUCAUUCGAGCGUGUGAACCAGUCAUCCAGUCCCACUGCCACGAGGUAGCAGAUAACCAGAUAGACACUGGAGAUCUCAUGGAGUGUCUUGUGCUUAAUAAACACCAGAAGGAGAUGAAUGAGAAAUGUAUAGUCGGAGUCACGCACUUUCAGCUGAUCCAGAUGAAGGACUUCCGUUUCUCUUACAAGUUUAAAAUGGCCUGCAAGGAGGAUGUUCUCAAACUAUGCCCCAACAUUAAGAAGAAGGUGGAUGUGGUGAUAUGUUUGAGCACCAUGGUCAGGAACGACACUCUGCAGGAGGUGAAAGACCAGCGCGUCUCCAUGAAGUGCCGCAGACAGCUCCGCGUAGAGGAGCUGGAGAUGUCGGAGGAUAUCCGCCUGGACCCGGAGCUAUACGACAGCUGUAGGCAGGACAUUAAGGAUCACUGUCAGAAUGUGGCAUUUGGCAACGCUCAGGUGAUUGAAUGUCUGAAGGACAAUAAGAAGCACCUUAACCAACGCUGUCACCAGAAGCUCUUUAAACUGCAAGAGACUGAGAUGAUGGACCCUGAGCUUGACUUUCAGCUUAUGAGAGUGUGCAAGCAGAUGAUCAGGCGUUUCUGCUCUGAAUCUGACCCCAAGAACAUGCUGCUGUGCCUGAAACAGAACAAGAACAGCGAGCUCAUGGACCCAAAAUGCAAACAGAUGAUUACAAAAAGACAAAUCACUCAAAACACAGAUUAUCGACUGAACCCCGUGCUGAGGAAGGCCUGUAAGGCCGACAUCCCAAAGUUCUGCCAGCAAGUCCUCAGCAAAGCGAGAGAUGAUACUGAGCUGGAGGGCCAGGUCAUCUCUUGCCUUAAACUCAAAUAUGCUGACCAGCGUCUUUCUCCAGACUGUGAGGAUCAGAUCAGGGUGAUUCUGCAGGAGUCUGCUCUGGAUUACAGACUUGACCCUCAGCUACAGCUACAGUGCAGUGAGGAGAUCCCUCGGCUGUGUGCGGAGGAGGUAGCGGCCCAGGAGCAGACGGGGCAGGUGGAGGAGUGUCUGAAAGUGAAUCUGCUGAAGCUCAAACAUGAGGGCUGCAAAAAGGAGGUAUUGAACAUCCUGAAGGAGAGUAAGGCAGAUAUAUUUGUGGACCCGGUGCUGCACACAGCCUGUGCACUAGACAUUAAGCACCAGUGUGCUGCAAUCCCCCCAGGCAGAGGAAGACAGAUGUCCUGUCUGAUGGAGGCUCUUCAGGACAAGCGUGUGCGACUGCAGCCUGAGUGUAAGAAGAGACUGCAGGACCGCAUCGAUAUGUGGAGCUAUGCUGCCAAGGUGGCGCCAGCAGAAGGCUUCUCAGACCUAGCUGGUCAGGUCCUCUCCUCUCCAGCUAAGAACUACAUCCUGAGCAUGAUGAGCAUGUGUGUGGUGCUGCUCUUCCUCAUGGGGCUGCUGUGUGGUCGUAUAACCAAGCGUGUCACCCAGGAGCUAAAAGACAGGUAGAGGGGGCCACCAGGGGCAGGAGAUGUGGGAAGACACCUGUCCUCACGUGGUGGAGGGGGGCAGCCGAGUAUGCUCCUCUCUGUCCUAGAACAAACCCCAAACACCUACCCACCCACCCCAGCCGGGGCCCUGAAACUUGCCCUGCGAAGAGAGGGGUUGAAACUGAAGCAAUGCGUGUUUCCUGUUACUGGCAUCGACCGUGUUGGGACCUGAUUUUAUCCUCUUCGUGCUCAUCAUUUUCUGACUGCAUUACUCUGGCAUCAUCAUCUGCUUCUGUGACAGGACCUGCCUGCAAUGGACCCUUGAGUGCGUGUGCGUGUGUUGCCAGUGUCUUCGCAUACCCUGUUUCCUUUUACUGCUUUCUCCAUGUUGGUGGACCUCCUGUUGCAUUUCUCUUCAUAUGCAGAUCAUGUAUUUAUUGUUGAUGCUUUGGCUGUAUUGGAUGUUGUACUAGGAGUUUUUACUUGUGUGUUUGGGCUUCGUGGUGUUCAUGUGCUCCUUCGUUGUGUGAUGAGGCAGCAGGUUUGUGCUACCAAAUUGCAGAAAUAUUUUGGUGUGUUUUUGGGAGGUCAUCAUACAUUGCAGUUGCACAUGGUGGCCAAGAUAUUUGUUACUAGGUUUAUAUGUGCAAUAGGGUUGCAGUUACAAUACAUGAUUGCAAUUAUUUUAACACAUUAUUGCAUUCAUAAAUCGCCAUUAACAAAGGUUCUUCCUUACAGUACAGUCUUGGCAUACAUUUUGGAAAUUGCUGUGAUUUCAUCUGCUAACUGAAAGAACACUAUCAGAGAGUAGCAGCAUUACUUGCUUGAUGGUAUUCUUUAACUAGAAAUGCUUGAUGUUGAUUUAGGAGGUGCGCUACUUGGCUAAUUGUAGAGGUAAAAACAAUUAUCUUAAAAUUCUUAUUUGUGUAGCCCUAGCGUGAAUGCAGAAAUGCGCGCGGGUGUGGUGAGCAGGCAUGCAGCAUAUUUCCAGUAAGACAAUUAAAAACAUUUGUGCGCAACAGUCAAGGAAUAAAUAGCCUAUCUGAGUCUACUUCGUUUGGGAAAAUGGGGAAAAUUUAUUUCGUUUUGUUUGGACUUUGUGCAGAGGGAUACUUAUGUCUCUUUGUUGGGGGGUUUGGGUUGUUGACAAGUGGAGACAUCAGACCUGAGGUUGGUUACUCACUGUAUUCCCAUACACUGACAGUCAAUCAAACGGAGAAAGAAAAUUUAUUCUGAUCUGAGCCAAAGGAAGAGGGGAUUUUAGGAGUCCUCAUUGGAAGUCUAUUCUAGGUUAAAAUCUUUAUGAAUAUUUAUAUGUGAUCCUAGGUCAGAAGUCUUCACCUCUACACCUUCACUGUAGCAGGAUGCUGAGUGGUUCUUAACGCCAGACAGGGUUUUUGAUUGUGUGAUUUUUCGCCCCCCACCCCGCUCAUAUUUGCUGUGAGUUUAGCUGGUCAGACUUUUGGCGCCCUUGGAGGUAUGCUGCUUGCUAACUAGAGUUCUAGUAGUGCCAUGUGUAAAGAUUGAUAUCAUUAUGUUCAAACCUGACCCCCGAGGCCUCCUUACAAAGCACAUUGUGUUGAAAUUUAUCUGUCAGAUGCACAUUUUUGUGUGUGUACUUGUUUAGCUGUAUCCUUUAUGUAAUGUUCAAUGUUGAUCAUAGCCUUAAUUUAUUUUUACAUUAAGGUUGGUUUGUUUGAUAAUCAGAAUGUUUUCUGGAUGCCUUGUUCUUGGGAUCUCCUGGUAAUAGUCUCACGUGUUGCGGUCUGAGGUGAGACCAGUGGACAUAUGCACUAGCUUCGGUUCUCUGAACUCGGUGGACAUUAUUGAGGAUCAUGUGUUUGAGUUCAGCAUACCAUGAGUACUGAAGUGCUGGUUAAAUGACUGCCCAGCUCCAGUUCUGUGACAUCAUUUGCAGAACAUUUAUCAUGCCCUUCACUCCACUCUCCUGCAUGCCCCUGUUGUUCGUCGGCCAUUAUUUGCCCAACUGUGACCAACACAAGCUGCUGUUGCCUUGUGUUCACGGCUGACCACGGCAGACCUUUCAACGGCUUGUUAGCUUUUUUUUUUUUUUAAUUGGAAAAUUGCCACAAAUUUAGCAAACCGAGAGACUUUAAAGGAUAAAAUGUUCAUGUUGCAACUAUUGAAAUGCCUCUACAGCUAAAUCCGUUCACACUUUCAUGCUUCACUGAGGGAUGAAAUCAUUUAACCAACUGCUAGAGGAAGAGUGAGCUGUACUACAGUCUCCGUUCGUCCCUGCCUAAAGGUUUUGGUGUUUUUAUUGGAGGUGGGCAGGGGUCAUUCUGCGCUUUGGCUAAUACUCUGACCAUGUUAGAGAUCAUGUGGCUAUGUCCGUAUACUGUAUAUAGCUGUGAUUUUACAGAAGAAUCUCUGCCUCGGGUUUUUGUGUUUUUGGUUUUGUUUUGUUUUGUUUUUUUCCUCUCCCCCACUUGUACAAAACUUGGAUGUCCUUGUAUAGUUAAUGGUUUUAGACUCACAGGCAAGAAGAGGUAAAGACUGCACACCCCUUAACUGAUCAUGAUGACCAUUAUUAUUAUUAUUAUUAUUAUUAUAAUAAUAACACUAAUGGCCAAUUACUAGGUUCUAUUGCAAGUUUUUCUUAUUUAAUAAAUUCUUCACCAAGUCCAUCAAUGUAAUCCAAAAAAUUAAGUUGGAACAAAUGAAGCUAAAAAUAUUCGACUUUCCAUUUUGGAUUUCUUCAGUAUUAACUGGUCUUAGCUGUGUAUACUUUGCCUUUAGACUUUAGUUCUGGAUGGAGUGGUAGUGUCCUGAUAUAACACAUGAGGCAACUGCUCGUACACAUCCCACAGACAAAGAGCAGACCUGAGCCGUUUUGGUUUUGUUUGGGGGGGGGGGGGGGUCUUGUUUCUGUUUGUUGCUGGGUCUCUCUUGAGCUUUCCUUUUUGGGGGGGUAGGAGGGAGAAGUGGACCAUUCCUUAAACAUAACUUGCCAACCAUUUUGAGGGGGUGAAUCUAGCACUGGAAAUACUGCUUUAUAUUUGCCUAAUCAACCCCCUUCAGAUGAGCACUAUGUGAAAAGCGGUCCCUGUACAAGUGCUUACUGUCUGCUGUCUGUGACUCCAGCUAAGAAAACACAUAGUUAUUAGAAAAACUGCUAAGUGGCAAUGAUGCAUUUUGGGUUUGUAUGUUUAUUUUCCCCUGUGUACAAAUUUCUUAUUAAAAAUAUUUUCCCCUAAAAUCUAAUGAAGCCAUGUAUUAUAAAACAACUGCUUUUCUUGUUCUUUUUUGGUUGCUUUUGUUAUGUACAAACUGAAUUGGAGAAUUGUUAAUAAAAUCAGUUUGCUGGUUUGUA